UUCGUGUAAAUUGCAUGACGAACAGAUGGUUAGCUCUGACAGAACAAAAACCAGAAGAAAAGGGCAAAUGGGGCGGUGAUCAGAAGCACCCGUUUCUAUCUACUCUCACCUAAAUUAACGCCAAUAGCCCAAUCAUCUAAAUACUUAUUUUCAUUUUUAAUUCUUCAACCAACCGUUGAGAGCCGCGUAGUCAACUUUCGAAUCUCAUUAUUUUCUAAAAAUAGUAACGAGUACACGCAACAUACCCGCCCUGUUGCAUUUUUCAUAUUUUCAGGAAAAAGGAAAAAUAAAAAUAGUGAGGAAAAAAGAGAAAUUAGUUGGUUAAACAAAGUCGUUAUCGCUUAUAAAAACGGAGGAACCAUUGGGGGGAUUUUAAGAGAACGAGUCUACCCGUCAACCGCCGGAGAACGCAGAUCCAGCGAGAUUCUGCCGGUUAUUCGGAGCAACUGGAACUAGAUUCAACGGACGGAAAUCAUGAACGGCUAUCGGACACGAGGAGAGAGUAAAUGCGACGAUCGGCGGGAUGCGGAGGUUAAAUACGAUGAGAAGCAGAGGAGGACGAAGAGGACGAAUGAAACGAGGUCGUUCCAAAGGCGAUUGGUGAAGUACAAGGACUUGCCGGAGUAUCUUAAAGACAACGAGUAUAUACUGGGCUCUUACCGGUGUGAAUGGCCUGUGAAAGAGGCGCUCUACAGUGUAUUUUCAUGGCACAACGAGACUCUGAACGUCUGGACCCAUUUGGUAGGGUUUUUUAUAUUCGGAGCAAUGAUUGUGAUGACCCUGAUGGAAGGGACGGAGCUCGGAGGUUUUCUGCUCGCUAAUUUCUCCAGAGCUACAGUUUCGGGGCCAUUCUGGACGACCAUGGGUAUGGAAAAGGACGUCAACGGCUCUGAUAGCAUUAUGCCAGAAACAAGACAAGUCCCACAGCCAUCAGUUUUCUUAGAUAGAGCGGAUAAAAAGACGGACUUACCAAGAUGGCCGUGGUUCGUUUUCUUGGCUGGUGCCAUGGGUUGCUUGGUUUGUAGCAGUCUCUCCCACCUCCUGGCUUGCCAUUCCAAACGCUUCAACCUUUUCUUCUGGCGCCUGGAUUAUGCAGGCAUUUCUUUGAUGAUAGUUGGAUCCUUCUUUGCUCCCAUUUAUUAUGUCUUUCUCUGCAACUAUUAUCCUCGUCUCGUCUAUCUUUCUUCGAUAUCGGUGCUUGGUGUAGCUGCCAUUGUUACUCUUCUUGCACCUGCUCUCUCGGCCCCUCGUUUCCGAGUCUUCAGAGCCUCCUUAUUUCUUUCCAUGGGCUUCUCAGGAAUAAUUCCAGCUACACAUGCUGUUGCUCUCUACUGGGGCCAUCCGGAUAUUUAUUUUGCCUUCUGGUAUGAGCUUGCCAUGGCUUUUCUAUAUGCUGCUGGAGCUGGGUUCUAUGUUAGUCGGAUACCAGAACGAUGGAAACCCGGUGCAUUUGACAUUGCAGGGCACAGCCACCAGAUUUUUCAUGUAUUUGUUGUUCUAGCAGCACUGGCACAUAGUGCAGCAACGUUGUUUAUUAUCGAUUUUCGACGGAGUUCACCCACCUGCAGCUCUUAGGCGUUCCUUGAUGGCUUAGCUAAGCCACUAAGUAGGUCAGAGCGAGCUUCUGGGACAUACUCAUCAAUCUUCUCCGAAAAUGUAUUGAUGUAAACUGAAACAACUACUGUAGCUCUUCAGUUAGGGAAUUGCAGGAUGUACACGCCCCAUGUUAUUUGCUUGAAAAGAAUUCAUUUGCUCUCGAAAAAGUAGGAACCAACAUCUCAUUCUAUAGGAAUACAAAUCACCUGUACACAAAGUACUCUUAAGAAGCUUAUUUGACAAACUCACGUGUUCAUGAA